CGCACAGAGUCCAUAGUGGAAAAACUGCUGACCAACUGGAUGUCCAUAUGCCUUUAUGGCUUCCUCCGGGAAAAUGUUGGUCAGCACCUGUUUUUAAUGGUGAGCGCUCUCAAGCAGCAGAUUGCCAAAGGACCUGUGGACUGUGUGACAGAGAAAUCGCUGUAUACACUCAGUGAGGACUGGCUGCUGUCGCAGACUCAGGACUUCAGCCCCCUGAAGCUGAAGGUGCUGUUUGCAGUAGGCAGUGAUGGGGAGGUCAGUGAGCCCUUGGAGGUUGAUGUCCUCAGCUGUGACGCAGUAGAGCAGGUUAAGGAGAAAAUCCUAUCUACCUUCCAGGCCAAGUUUGGGUUCCCCUACAACACCCCCGUCAGACACGUUUGUAUAGAAUAUGAGAAAAGUGGAUCUUUUAUUCCUCUUCAGGAAGUGGAUGCAAGCUCAGUGGUUGUCAGGGGUGUGACGAUGAUCAACACACUCCAGCACUAUAAGAUUCCUGAUGGGGCGACAAUCAAAGUGCUUUCAAAAAAGAUUUGUCCCCCGCUGAGCCCACAGGGAAGUCUGAAAGAUGAUGAGAACUUCUCAAGAAAAUAUUGCCACUUGCAGAUUGAUUCUGACAUAGUCGAGGACCAAAGAAAGAACCCAGAGCGGAAGAAGUUCAAAGUGAAGGAAGUGCACCUCACCAAGCUGCUCUCCACUAAGGUGGCGGUGCAUUCUUUUGUGGAGGCCCUGUUCACAUCCAUCUGGGGGAUGCCACACAACAAAGCUCCACAUGCUGUCAAAUACUUCUUCCACUUCUUGGACACUCAGGCAGACAACAUGAAGAUCACUGACCCAGAUGUCCUGCACAUCUGGAAGACCAACAGUGUGCCUCUGCGCUUUUGGGUCAACAUCCUGAAAAACCCCCAGUUUGUGUUUGAUAUGGAAAAGACUCCAUAUCUGGAUGGCUGCCUGUCUGUCAUUGCACAGGCCUUCAUGGAUUCCUUCUCUCUGAGUGAGACCCACCUGGGGAAGCAUGCACCCACCAACAAGCUCCUCUAUGCCAAAGACAUUCCCAAGUUCAAGCAGGAAGUGAAGGAGUACUACAAAAAGAUCAGAGACCAGUCUCCAAUCACAGACUCUGAAUUUAAGGCCUUUCUGCAGGAGGAGUCAAAGAAACAUGAAAAUGAAUUCAAUGAAGCUGCAGCCCUCAGAGAGCUAUACAAAUAUAUCAAGAAGUACUUCACAGAGAUAAAAGAGAAGCUUGACCACAAUGGAGCUCCUGCCGAGGUGACAGAGCAACUACACCAUGUUGAAAGCUCGUUUGAUGGACUGAAGAGCUGCUCCUGGAACUGAGGAAGUAAAGCAGGGGGUCAGACAUCAGGAUGGGGAGUGGAGUCCUGGUCCCUCUGCACCAGAGAUCCUAGUUCCACCAGUUGCUGC